CAUAUAGGCGAGUGACGUCAGGCCGUUUGUUGUCAUUGGCGGCUCCCAAGAUGGCGUCCAUCAUGGAAGGGCCGCUGAGCAAAUGGACUAACGUGAUGAAGGGCUGGCAGUACCGUUGGUUCGUGCUGGACUACAAUGCGGGACUGCUCUCCUACUACACGUCCAAGGACAAAAUGAUGAGAGGCUCUCGCAGAGGAUGUGUUAGACUCAGAGGAGCUGUGAUUGGUAUAGACGAUGAGGACGACAGCACCUUCACAAUAACUGUUGAUCAGAAAACCUUCCAUUUCCAGGCUCGUGAUGCUGAUGAGCGAGAGAAGUGGAUCCAUGCCUUAGAAGAAACGAUUCUUCGACAUACUCUUCAGCUUCAAGGUUUGGAUUCAGGAUUUGUUCCUAGUGUCCAAGAUUUUGAUAAGAAACUUACAGAAGCUGACGCUUACCUACAAAUCUUGAUUGAACAAUUAAAGCUUUUUGAUGACAAGCUUCAAAACUGCAAAGAAGAUGAACAGAGAAAGAAAAUUGAAACUCUCAAAGAGACAACAAAUAGCAUGGUAGAAUCAAUUAAACACUGCAUUGUGUUGCUGCAGAUUGCCAAAGACCAGAGUAAUGCGGAGAAGCACGCAGAUGGAAUGAUAAGUACUAUUAAUCCUGUAGAUGCAAUAUAUCAACCUAGUCCUUUGGAACCUGUGAUCAGCACAAUGCCUUCCCAGACUGUGUUACCUCCAGAACCUGUUCAGUUGUGUAAGUCAGAGCAGCGUCCAUCUUCCCUCCCAGUUGGACCUGUGUUAGCUACCUUGGGACAUCAUCAGACUCCUACACCAAAUAGUACAGGCAGUGGCCAUUCACCACCGAGUAGCAGUCUCACUUCUCCAAGCCAUGUGAACUUGUCUCCAAAUACAGUCCCAGAGUUCUCUUACUCCAGCAGUGAAGAUGAAUUUUAUGAUGCCGAUGAAUUCCAUCAAAGUGGCUCAUCCCCAAAGCGCUUAAUAGAUUCUUCUGGAUCUGCCUCUGUCCUGACACACAGCAGCUCGGGAAAUAGUCUGAAACGCCCAGAUACCACAGAAUCACUUAAUUCUUCCAUGUCCAAUGGAACAAGUGAUGCUGACCUUUUCGAUUCACAUGAUGACAGAGAUGAUGAUGCGGAGGCGGGGUCUGUGGAGGAGCACAAAAGUGUUAUCAUGCAUCUUUUGUCACAGGUUAGGCUUGGAAUGGAUCUUACUAAGGUAGUUCUUCCAACGUUUAUUCUUGAAAGAAGAUCUCUUUUAGAAAUGUAUGCAGACUUUUUUGCACAUCCGGACCUGUUUGUGAGCAUUAGUGACCAGAAGGAUCCCAAGGAUCGAAUGGUUCAGGUUGUGAAAUGGUACCUCUCAGCCUUUCAUGCAGGAAGGAAAGGAUCAGUUGCCAAAAAGCCAUACAAUCCCAUUUUGGGCGAGAUUUUUCAGUGUCAUUGGACAUUACCAAAUGAUACUGAAGAGAACACUGAACUAGUUUCAGAAGGACCAGUUCCUUGGGUUUCCAAAAACAGUGUAACAUUCGUGGCUGAGCAGGUUUCCCAUCAUCCACCCAUUUCAGCCUUUUAUGCUGAGUGUUUUAACAAGAAGAUACAAUUCAAUGCUCAUAUCUGGACCAAAUCAAAAUUCCUUGGGAUGUCAAUUGGGGUGCACAACAUAGGGCAGGGCUGUGUCUCAUGUCUAGACUAUGAUGAACAUUACAUUCUCACAUUCCCCAAUGGCUAUGGAAGGUCUAUCCUCACAGUGCCCUGGGUGGAAUUAGGAGGAGAAUGCAAUAUUAAUUGUUCCAAAACAGGCUAUAGUGCAAAUAUCAUCUUCCACACUAAACCCUUCUAUGGGGGCAAGAAGCACAGAAUUACUGCUGAGAUUUUUUCUCCAAAUGACAAGAAGUCUUUUUGCUCAAUUGAAGGAGAAUGGAAUGGUGUGAUGUAUGCAAAAUAUGCAACAGGGGAAAAUACAGUCUUUGUAGAUACCAAGAAGUUGCCUAUAAUCAAGAAGAAAGUGAGGAAGUUGGAAGAUCAGAACGAGUAUGAAUCCCGCAGCCUUUGGAAGGAUGUCACUUUCAACUUAAAAAUCAGAGACAUUGAUGCAGCAACUGAAGCAAAGCACAGGCUUGAAGAAAGACAAAGAGCAGAAGCCCGAGAAAGGAAGGAGAAGGAGAUUCAGUGGGAGACAAGGUUAUUUCAUGAAGAUGGAGAAUGCUGGGUUUAUGAUGAACCAUUACUGAAACGUCUUGGUGCUGCCAAGCAUUAGGUUGGAAGAUGCAAAGUUUAUACCUGAUGAUCAGGGCAGUAGGCAUAGUUCAGCAACAAACAAUCUUCCUUUGGGAGAAACCUGUUCACUCCCUUCUAAUUACAGUGGUUCCUAUCUCAGGGAUACUGGACUUUCUGACGCAAAUGAACAAUUAAGGGGAAAAGCUUCUCUUUUCCCUCUGUGGCAGUUACGAUUUUGAUUUCAGUCCUGAGAAAAACUUCAGGUUUUGAAAACCAGAUGAUGUCUUCUCCUUUUCCAAACACCACAUGUUGAAAGCAUUUAUAAAUCCAAGUCUGAAACUGCACUCUAGUUCUGCUGUUAAGAUAUACAACCUGUUUCUUAGUUCAUAUAAUCUCGGGAUACACACACACACACACACACACACACACACACACACACACACAUACAUACAUAUAUAUAAAUACACCUGAUGCCAGAUUUUUUCAUAAAUAUUCUGCCUACUGUAAAUAUGGGUUCCUCUGAGUUGUUUUAGAAAAUUAGUGCAAUGUAUUAAAAUCAAGUGUUAGGAAAUUUCAUGGUCUUACUUAAAAUAACUUUUAUUUUGGAACUGAACUAUUAUUAAAUUGUAUCUAAUCCUGGAUUACAGUUUAAUUAUUCUUAGUGCUUCUUAAGGCUUCAUAAAGUAAUUUUUCCAAACUUUUUUAAAAAAUGUGCAUCUUUUAUUAUCUUUUAUGGUUAAACUUGGAAGCCAAUUAUUCAGCAACCUUGAAUACAAGAGCUAGCGUUUCAGAAAGAUACUUGAAAAAUGGAGGAUCCAUUCUUUUCCUCUCAGGCUCUAUGUUCUGUCUUUAGCCCUGCCAGGCGAUUCCCCAGAAUCUUAAUUUAACUCAUAUUGCACAUGUAGGGCUGCCUGCCAACAUUUUAUCCAAAAAUGUUUUAUUGCGUUAGAGGGUUUGGGAAGAGUAUGUAUUUAUAGAUCCCACCCCACAGUGAACCAACAUAGAUAUGAUCAAAUGAAUGCCACAGCAGCAAAUGGCUCAUUGUGAAGGGAAAUACAGAACUAUCUUUAUUUAAAAAUACAUCCAAAAAAAAAAAAAAAAA